AUGUGUUCUGUUUCGAAUGUGAAUAAAGUCUGCGAUAGCAAUAUAGUUGUGCGUGUAUACACACCACCUUACAUUGGCGACGAGGAUAAAGCAACGGUAACAGUUAACGUUAACCUAAGUGACGUAAAAGAUAAACUGACAUCGUAUUUUGUUCCCAAGUCAAACAGUGAAUAUGAAAAAUAUAUAUUCCGAAAUUCAAAACAAGAGGAAGGUGAAAGUUUAGAUCAGUUUUGUAUGAGAUUGAAGAAGAUUUCAUUAAACUGUGAAUUUGGAGAAAAUCGUGAUUCUGAGAUUAAAAGUCAAAUUAUACAAGGUUGCCUAUCUUCAGAACUAAGAAAGAAAGCUCUCACAAAGUCAAUGAAUCUCACAACAUUGCUUGAGACGGGAAAAGCAAUGGAGUUGGCUAAAGAUCAACUGUGUGCAAUGGAGAGUGAGUCAAGUAUCCAAGGAAUAUGUGGAGUUAGUUCCUACAAAAGAAAGUGGAAAAAGAACAUUUCAUCCAACAAUUCUAGUCAUUCAAGAGAUCAGACAAAGAAGCAUCAAAGUAAUAAAGGUAAAACUUUUCAUACAAAACGAAAAUCAUGUUUCAGUUGCGUUGGAGUGUAUCCACAUGCAGAAAAGUGUCCUGCAUAUGGUCGAAGAUGUUAUAACUGUUCCAAGUAUGGUCAUUUUGCUAGAUUCUGUAAAGAAGCGAAUAGUAAAUUCAACAAGCCCAAGUUGAACAGUGUGCAAAAUGAGCCUAAACAUGAUUGCAGAGAUCAUGAACUGAGUGAAAUGAGCUCUGAGAAUCAUGAAUAUAUUCUCUCAGUGAAUGGAUCAAUGUGUAAUUGUUCCAAUAACAAUAAUCCUGCUAAAGUACAGUUGAAAAUUAACAAUGUGCUUUGUUCUAUGCUUAUAGAUAGUGGUGCAAGUGUCAAUGUACUCGAUUACAAAACUUUUUUAAAAUUUAAAAAAUAUGCAAGUGGUUGUUUGCUCUCUUUCAAGACUGCUAGUGAUCUUGGUAUUUUGAAAAUUAUUAACUCUGUGUCAAAUGAUCGAGUCGAUCUCACUGAAAAUAUUUUAAGGGAUUAUAAUCCAAUUUUUCAAGGGUUGGGGAAAUUGAAAAACUUCCAAUUGAAGUUGAAUAUUGAUGAUUCUGUAAACCCUGUUCAUCAAAAGCACAGACCAGUUCCUUUUAAAAUGCGUCAAAAGGUCGAAAGUGCUGUUGCUAAACUGUGUGAUGAAGACAUUUGUGGAAGUGUGGGAAAUUGUCCUACUCCAUGGGUCUCUCCUAUUGUAUGUGUUCCUAAACCUUGUGACCCAGAAAACAUUCGACUAUGUGUCGAUAUGCGAGCUGCGAAUAAGGCAAUAAAAAAGGUUAAACACCCUAUGCCUACUGUUGAUGAACUUAUACAUGAUUUAAAUGGAUAUAAAGUAUUUUCCAAGUUGGAUUUGAACCAGGGUUAUCACCAAAUUAAAUUACACCCUGACAGUAGACAUAUUACUACUUUUAGUACCCAUAUUGGAUUAUACAGAUAUAAAAGAUUGAAUUAUGGAGUCAAUGCUGCUAGUGAAAAAUUUCAAUAUUUGAUUGAACAAGCAUUGCACGGUUUAAGAGGUGUCAAAAACAUCUCAGAUGAUAUUUACAUCAGUAGUGUAAAUGAGGCUGAGCAUUAG